AUGUCGGAAAUAGAUCAAUCCAGUAACAACUGGCAAGUUGGAAAGAAAGUUCUUGAAUGUAACAAACACAUGUUGACCAACCAAAUCCAGUGCGAUGUUUUAUUCAAGGUUGGACAGGAGGAAAAAGAAGUAAAAGCACACAGAUAUGUUUUGGGCAGUAGGAGUUCCGUAUUUUAUGCCAUGCUGUUUGGAAGUCUCUCGGGUAAUUCUACUGACAUCAUUGUUCCUGAUAUUGAAUCUGAUAUUUUCCAAGAACUGUUGAGGUUCCUUUAUUAUGAGGAGAUAACUGUAAAGGAGGAAAAUGUUUUAGGGAUUCUGUAUGCUUCAGAGAAGUAUGGUGUGGCUGACCUAAAAGAAUAUUGUAAUUCUUACCUGAAAAACCACAUCAGUGAGGAGUCUGUCUGUACCAUUAUGGAAAAUGCAAAACUGUUUAGUUUAAAUGACUUGUUCACCAAAUGUAUUAACUUUAUAGUACAGUCAGAGGCUACUACUAAAUCAGUGUUUGAAUCACCGAAUUUUUCUGAGCUAAAUAGAGAGUGUUUAGCGUCACUAACCAAAUUAGAUAAUCUGCCUGUCAAUGAGGAAUUUCUCUACAAAUCCUUAAAGUUGUGGUCACUUCGAAACUGUGAUAAGAAAGGGAGUGAUUUGAAUAAUACGGAAAAUAUUCGAAGCAUGAUGGGAGAUCUUUUACAUCAUGUUAGAUUCCCUCUCAUGUCAUUGGGAACAUUCCUGAAGAUAGCUGGGGACAACAUUCUAACAGACCAAGAAAAAGAUCAAAUAUCAAAAUUUAUUGCCGGUAUACCUGUUGAAAAUGCACUGAUUUUCCCAACACGUCAUAGGACAAAGGAUAUCACUAUUUAUAGAGGCACAGAUUAUCAUCCCUUCUGGAGGUUUUAUGGUAGAAUAGAUGCACUCAUAUUCAGAGUUAACAAAACUUUGUACAUGCGCGGCUUGAUUCUGCUUGGUAGUUGUGAAAAGGAUUUGUACACCUACACAGUAGAAGUCAAAAUAAUAAAUAGUGAUAAUAAAACUGUAUGUUGGUUUCUAGAACAACCGGUUACCAGCAGUGGCAAAGAAUUUCAAGUUAGCUUUGAUGAGCACUGUUUAGUUGAAGCAAACCAGGAUUAUACAAUUUGGUUAAGGAUGUUUGGAUCUAAAAGCUACCGGAUGAAGAAUUGUCAUUCCAUGGUGACUGAAGAUGACGUUCAAGUUACUUUUAAGACAAGUGAUCUGUGUACUAAUGGCACGAAUGAAUCUAGAGGACAAAUUCCUGGAUUUCUCUUUUCAAUACCGUUAUAA